ACCUAAUGAGAGAAAUGGAUAGAUAGAUAGAGAGAGAUUGAAUCUCCCUCUUAUCUACAAUUGAAACCAUCUCUUCUCUCUUGCUCCAAAACCCUAAAUUUCUAGAAAUUUCCAGAAACGAAGUUCCUCUCCAUCGAUUCGUUGUCAACAACAGAGGAUUCGGAAUCAUUUAUCUACUUUAUACGUUUCAACAACAGAGGUUUAUGUAUCCCUUUGAUAAGCUCACAUAUCUUCCUCGCUUUUCGUCUCUCUUCCUGUUUCAAGCAUCAGAAGGAAUAUACUUACCGGCUUUUAUUGUGGAUUCUGAGUUUGUGGGAUAAAUGAUUGUUUCCUUCUGGUGAAGAUAAUGGCUUUGGUAAAUCCAGUGCAGGGUUCUUGUGCCACUUUUCCAUCAAGGCCUUUAGCAUGUAACAGAGCGAUAAAGUUGAGGCAACUUGUGACCAGAAUUAAUAUAGUUGCGAACACAAUCACUGUUCCGUCAUUAACAUGCAAAUCUUGCUUAAGUGUAGGAAGAGCUCCUUUUUCCCAAGUCAUCCCAAAGGCAAAAUGCUUAAGGGUUUCAUCAUUCAAAGGAAGUGCUCAUAAUGAUGCAUCAGAAAGCAGAAAGACUGGAUCAAAGUCGUGCAAAGAUUCUGUCAAACUUUCUUAUGUGUCGAGAGAAAGUAACGAAACUUCAUCAGAUCCAAAGACACAGGAUAUUCCUCCGCUUUCUUUUCCUUCUGAAGACACUGAGAGAGCAGCUGGAUCGGCAGCCAUACAAAAUUUAUUUAAAUAUUGGCUGAUGUUGUUGCGCAGUCAACCGCCGUCAAGUCAGUUAGUGGAAGAUGUGUCGUCAUCAGACAAUCAAACCCCUAAAACAUUAUUGGAAACAACAGAGAACAUGAUACAGCAGAAGGAAAGGCGAUCUAUUCUGAAGUCAGUUUGGUUCUAUUUCUGGAGUCUCGAUGCAACAAUAAAGAUACCACUUCUCAUAUUUAUCCCGGGGUUCUUGGCAGUUAAAGUUGUUUAUGGAAGUGUGGUUACGAGAGAAUUGACACCUUUGUGGGUAAGUGGACCUUUGAUUGUGGCACUCUAUGUGAAAAUGAUGAGAGGCAUAUUUGCGCUCUAUGUUUUCGCAUUCAAGCAGACUAUUAAAGUUAUAAAGAACUUGCCAUCCUAUUCCUUGGUGGCAUUCAAAUAUAUUUUCGGUGGGAAACUAAAAGAAGAGAUGUACAAUCGUCUAUGGAAGCCUUUGGAAGACAUAAAGAACAGAGACUAUAAGGAAUAUAGUAAAGGAAAAUGGAAAGAUUUUGAGAUAUGGGCAAUGGAUAAGUACAUGGAUUUUGUGGAAUCUAUAUGGCCCUAUUAUUGUAGAACUAUCAGAUUCCUAAAGAGAGCUAAUCUCAUAUAGGUUUUUUUCUUUCUAUUUGUUUACUGCAGAAAAAAAAGAUGAAUUGGUGGGAGUUUAUUUGUUGUACCUAUGGCCAUUUUGUAUUCUGUUUCUCUCAAAGUCUCAAGAGCUGUCUUCUUGCAAUUA